AUGUUUACCGAUUCUGACGACUGGCGAACAACCCUUGCACUGGCCGAAGACUGCGUCGAGUCUGUGCACAAAAGCCUGCAAUGCAUCAGGGCCGGCAUCGAGCUUGGCAUCAUCGGAUACUCGUGGCUGGAUUUCUACUAUGUUUUUCACUCCAUCAUGAUUGUAUGCGCAGACUUUCUCGCCCGUCCAAAGGGACAGGCAGAGUCAACCAAGGAUACUGAGCGCAAGACGACUGUACGGGCCGUACUAGAUCAAAUCCGCGACAUGCAAACUCUUGCGCCUACCUAUAAGACGCUCAGCCGGAUCGCGCUGCAGUUUGCUAAUAUAACAGAGGUUGCUGCUGACAGAAAGUCGCCGACGCCGACAGACACGCCGCACGAUGCAUUACUCGAGCCCGUAGCCCCCGCGGCGAGCGACGCAGGUGUCGAGCACGUAAUGCAGCUCGCAGAUCUGGGUGAGGACUGGUUCACAAACGCGACCGCGGACCUAGGAUUAGAUUUCUUCGAUUUGGGCCAUGUGACAAACCCCGUGGCAUUUGCUGCUAUGCCAGAUCCCCCUUCGGGCGCUGAACAGACCAUUGAGACGGCUAACACUGAUGUCGAGGAUUGGACGUCCAAGACGCUAAAAGGGUUACAUACUAUAUAA